AUGGGCUUGGAAAAUACUUUUACCCGGAAUAAAAACUCUCCGAGCCAAGAUUGUGCAAAGGCCAUGAUCUUUUUGUGCCAUCACAUCGAUGAAACACUGAAAAUGCAGUAUGUCACGCUGGAAUCCCCACUCGAAUUAUGGGACAGAUUGAAAGAAAUAUAUGAUCAUUUGAGGCUGACAUUGUUGCCAAGGGCACGAAGCGAAUGGCAAAGCCUACGGCUUCAGGACUUUAAAACAGUCCAAGAAUAUAAUUCUGCAAUGUUUAAAAUAACAUCACAGCUGCGCCACUGUGGCGAAAAUGUAUCUGAAUCUGAUAUGAUGGAGAAAACUUUCUCCACUUUUCAUGCCUCUAACAUGGUUUUGCAGCAGCAGUAUCGCGAAAGAGGCUUCCAGAAAUAUUUUGAGCUGAUCACCUAUCUUUUGUUGGCCGAACAAAAUAAUGAAUUGCUGCUGAAAAAUAAAAAAAUCUCGGCCGACAUGUGCAAAUCCAUUUCCAGAGGCAAAUACAAUAAGCCGGCAAAUCCGAUGCGUGGUCGUGGGCAAGUCAGAAAUCAGCGAAUUGAUCGCGAUCGAAAUCAGAAUCGCAUACGGGGCCGGGCAAACGCAUACAGUCACAAUAAUUAUCAAAACAAGCCCCGAUAUGUGCCAAAUCGGCGAUAUAAUGACAGAAGGCCGUACAUACCUCAACAGAGGUUCAACACCGGAAGAAACAAAAAUAAUUACGAGGAAUACACCCGGUGUGGAAUCAAAGGCCAUUGGGCCCAUAAAAUUGAAAAUCAAUUGUCUGAUGCUUUUAAUGAUGCUGCCAGAGUUACGAAAUCAUAUAUUGCAGUAGCAAAUGCACCAGCUAAAAUAAAUAUCCCAGAAGGGAAAGUGUCGAGUGCUAAUGAGCAUACUGCCCGCGUAAAACGUGGCAGACCAUUGGUUUCCAAGGACAAGAAUCCACGAAAGAAGAAAAUUCUCUUUAGACAAUGGCGUCUAUAUGAAAAUCCCAGAAGGGAUCAACAUACCUGA